UUUACAAUUUACAAAUAUAAAAAUUUAGAACAUGUAACAUGAAAAAUUAAUUCGUUAAAAAUUGAGCCAAGCUUUCGAUGUCAAUUAACUGCCCAUUAUACAAGUCUACAAGAUAUAAAGUGAUUGUUAUGAAAAUAUUAAGUUAUUUUCAAAGUAAUUUUUUAUGUAAAAAUCGAAUUCGGGCUCAGAAUCACUCCAUCAAGUUAGGUUUUUGAAUAAUCCUAACCUAAAAGUGCAAAAAACAAUUUUUUACUUUAUUUGAGCAUCAAUAACUUAGCAAAUUUCUAUUAUUUUUUAAAAUCCGAUAAAACCAUCAAAAAGUAACACUUGACCUAUCUACUUCACUAUUUACAUUUAUGAUUAAAUUUUUCUAACCGGAGAUAUUGCAAGUUGAAAAAAAAAUUGCAAGUUUCUCAAUAACCGAUGUAAUAAAUAAAGGGAAAAACAAUAGGACGUAAAAUUUGUUUUUAAUACUCCGUGCGGAAAGUGCGUUUUUUCCGCACGCUCGGCAAAAAACGUGCAUUGAAAAUCGCACUUUCCACACGUCGUAUAAAAAAAUACGGUACGGCACAUGUUCGGGAAAGAGUUUCUCGUCUCGUGUACCUUUCUACCCUCGCUUCGCUCGGGUGUAAACGCCACGCGAGACAAGACUACUUUUCCGCACUAUUUCAUUGAUAUUUCUGAUGAACAAGGAAUUAUAUGAACGAAAGAUCAUUGACCGCAGAUACGGCUCUGCUGUUCUAUACUUUUAUUAUGCCAUAUAACACAUCAAACCCAUGAAAAGUAAAGAGCUCUAUUCAUAAACCCAAGUAGGGUUUAUGAAUAGAGCUCUUUAACCUCAAAGACAAUAACAUCAAACUCCUAACAGAUUGAGUGUAUGGUCAUAUAAACUAGACAUUUUUUGCAAGAAUCAAUACAUGACCUAGUUACUAAAGGAACGACUUACUAGCGACCCAGUCAUCUUAAGGCUAUAUAGGUCAAUCUUCAGCCUCGUAUUUUUUUUCCAUUGACGAUAUCUCUGCUUAGAAUAUAAUUCAAAUCAUAACUAUAAAUAGUGAAAUAAAAAGCUAAGAAGUGGUUCCUUUUGAUGGUUUCAUAAAAUUGUUAAAAAUUAUAAAAAUUUGUAAAGUUAUUAAUGCUCAAAUAAAGAGAAAAACUAGGUUUUUCGCAUUUUUAGGUUAAACUUACUUAAAAACCUGACGUGAUGGAGCAAUUAAUUAUGAGCCCGAUUUCAGUUUCUACGCCAAAAAUUACUUCGAAAGUAAUCCUCAGUUAUUCCAUAAAAAAACCAUGCAAACCUCUAUGUUAUCAUAGAUAUAAUAUCUAUGUUAUCAUAGAUAUAAUAUCUAUGUUAUCAUAGAUAGACAAUUAAUACACUAUAUAUACAACUGCCAUGUAGUUACAAUCGAAAAAAUUCUUAUUAUAUCGAAUAUAGAAUUGCUCAAAAUAGUUGGCUUUGUUUAUCGGAAGAGGUCAUUUGGUGAGUGUCACUAGUUCGACAGAGUGAUUCAGUGUAUAGUUCUGUUGCGCGUACAUUGAAUUGAAAUUAAACACCGAGCGAUGUCAGUCAGUGUAAUUCGAACAUUCAAACAAUCAUGUGGUGCUACGGUGUUGUCUUUAUCUUUUUAUUGAGACAGUAUGUUCAGGCAACAUCUGCUUUGGGGACGGAAGUAGGGAAACUAUCAGUGGCAGGUCCGAACGACUGUUUAGGUUUAGGAUCUACUGUCGCGGGUAUGCUCGAGUCAUAUCUUCGAAAGGCUGUUCAUGGUUCAUCAGCGCAACGAGCUCGGUUCUUCUUCACUUCCCGCAAAAUGCCACAUAGAAACGAAGUUAUGCUUGAUGAUCAAUUUGGUCUCGAAUGGACUGACUUUGAGCCGCGGCGUAAUACCGUUGUUAUCGUGCAUGGAUUUUUAUCCAACAGCAAUGGAAGCUGGAUUCAUAAAAUGAACGAAGCUUUUUUAAAAUAUGGGGAUGUUAACGUUAUUGCAGUGGAUUGGAGUGAUGGUGGAAAUACCUGGAAUUAUUACAAAGCUGUUUUCAACACCCAAACUACUGGCAGCCAAAUUGCGGCGCUGUUCGAGCACAUAGCGAAUUACACUAUGAUGCACGAUGGUCCAAGUGCAGAGCAUUGGGGUCGCAUUCAUUGCGUGGGUCAUAGUUUGGGUGCACACAUCUGCGGCUACGCUGCAAAUGCAAUUAAUCAAAGCUUGUCUGGAUGGUCCAUUCAGCGCAUAACCGGGCUUGAUCCUGCUCAACCAUGUUUCACGGCCGUCGACUUAUUGCUGAGACUCGAUAAGUCAGACGCGCCUUUCGUCGAUGUUAUUCACACGAAUGGGGUAUUCCUAUCGAGGCUUGGACUUGGAUUGCCACAGUCUAUAGGUCAUCUUGAUUUUUUUCCCAACGGCGGAAAAAUACAGCCUGGCUGCGAAUUGUCCAAAUACACGAUACCUGUCAUAACAGCGCCUAAAGAAGUUAUUCAAAAUGCGAUUUGCAGUCACGGACGUUCUUACUCGUACUUCAUGGAAUCGAUCAACAUUGCGGUUAUGAAAAACUGCUCGUUUUGGGCUCAACCAUGGGAUCGAACUUACAGAAAUGCUGAACAAAUUUUAAGAACGGACUGUAAAACGUCGAAAACAUGUAUAGAAAUGGGUAUCAAUAGUGAAAAUUACAAAUACCGAGGAACUUUUUUUGUUCUAACUUCGUCAAGCGAGCCUUAUUGCAAUAAUGGAUAUCGGGAUGUAGAAGAAGUGAAAGAUAUUUUGAAAAGUUUAGAUAAAGAUAAUCUUGAUUGAAGCGUGUGAUAAUCCAUUUGAUUGAAUUAAUCAUCACUGAAAUUACUUAAAUACAUUAGUACCGCC